AGUCUGUAUCUUGAGGUGAGAGAGAGUGGAGGGAAAACUGGAGGAGGAAAAGAAAGCAAGGAAAGAAGGAAGGAAGGAAGACACAACCACCACCACCACCACCACCACCACCAUCAUGAAAUUCAAAAUGGUGUUGAUAGUGGUGUUGACAGUGGUGUUGAGCGGUGUUGAGGGCGCGGUGGUGAUGGAGGGGAACAAGUACGAGGGAUUGGUGGUGGCCGUGACCCCUGAGAUGACCCCGGACAGUGCUGGACAAGGGACAGUUUUGGACAAUGUGAAGGGUUUACUGACCAAGGCUUCCCGGGGUAUAUUUGAGGCCACCGGGGGAAGGGGUUACCUAGGGGGCGUGACCUUGGUUGUGCCGCCCACCUGGGAUUCUGUACCCGGGGGAGACACGACGGGGAGAAGAGAGUCGUGGGAAACAGCGGAGGUGCGGGUCGUCGGAGGGGGGGAGGAAGGAGACACCGCCCCCCCAUCAGCCCCCCACGCGGUGUUGGGGGGCGGGUGUGGAGUGGGGGGGAUCAGAGUGGAUGUGCCUGCUGCCUUCCUCAACGCCCCCACUCAACUCCACUUUGGUGAUGUGGGUAAGGUAAUGGCCCAGGCCUGGUUGAAAUACAGGUACGGUGUUUACGAGGAGCACGGGUACCCAGGUGACCAGGUGUACCCGCUGGCCUACCUGGACGUACUGGCUAACCUGACACUGCCCACGGCCUGCACGGAUCCUGACCUGCUGACCGGGGCAUGGGUGGACAGUUCCGGGAGGGCGUGCGACCCCUUGCCUGACGAGGGGUCGGCGGGGGGCGACGCGGGGUGCAGGUACCGGCUGGAGGGGGCGGGGGGGGCUGCCUCCAUCAUGUAUACCACCUUUGUAGACGGGAUCAAGGCGGUGUGUGACAAGAGCACCCACAACCCCCUGGCGCCCACGCCCCACAACAAGGUGUGUGGGGGCCGCAGCGUGUGGGAAGUGAUGGAGGAGCAUGAGGACUUCGCAGGCGGCCUCAACACCCCCCUGCCCGCCUCCACGGACACCACCCCGACCAUUACCGUGAAGCGCCAGGCGGAGACCACGGCGCCGGCGAUGGUGCUGGUGCUGGACGACGGGUGCGGGGCACAAGACUCGUCCGAGCGUUGCUGGCGUGACGAGAUCUACACGCAGCUCAACGUCCACCUUCGUGACAUCGUGAACGAGACGCACACGGCACUGAUCGGCGCGGUGAAGUACGGCCUCGUGUUCCCCGACGCUCAAAUCGAAGUGUACAAGGACCAGAUCUUGCACGACACCAGCACGAUGGAUAUAGACGACUUCCUAACCUUCAUCAAGACCCCGAACCCGACCGUGAACCCCUACAACACCAAGCCCGAGGAGGCGCUACGGCAGACCCUUGAGAUGCUGGGUUCGCACGGCCACGACGGGGAGGUGGAGAUCCUGCUGGUGCAACUCAUUAACACCUACGACGACGGGAAGACCAUCGGGGAAUACUUGCUCGCCGACGUCCGUAUCAGCGCCGUUCUGUACAGGUCAAUGAAUUACAACCCCUGGCUACAGAAUCUGACGGAGGUGACUGGAGGUUCGUUCAGCUUCAGCCGAUAUUAUGAUGCAAGCGUCACGGUGCAGGCCUUGACCAAGCUGGACCCGUACAAUACACGUCUGACGCUGAUGGAGGAGGAGGUGACAAUGAGUGGAGGAAACAUGGAGGAAAGGGAGGUGUACAUCGACUCCUCCAUCGGUCUCUCCACAAUUUUUUCCUCCACUUUCUCUCAAGGUGGAGGAACGUUCAAGGUCAUCUCACCUGGAGGAGUGGAGCAGGAAGUGGAGGAACCUUAUCUCCUGGAAGUGGAGGAUGCGGAGGAGGGCGUGUGGAGACUCCAAGUUACCACCACCACCACCACCACCUCCACCACCAUCACCACCAUCACCACCACCUCAACACCACGAGACGGGGAACCUCAACUCCACGUGGUCACCUGGGCAAACUCACCUCCAUCAACUCCAAUCGAGCUCGGCACCUCCAUUCUGACCCUCUACGCCCUGGUCACGAGUGGAGUUGAAGGUGGUGAUGCAGCGGUGGUGAGCGGGGGUUUGGUGGUGACGGCGAGGGUGCGUGGUGCUGAUGGUGGUGUUGUCAAGGAUGUGGUGUUGAGAGAUGACGGUGUUGGAGCUCCGGACGUAACGAAGGGGGAUGGAGUGUACAGCGGUUACGUCAUCAGGUACAAGGGAUCGACCAAUCAGAUGACAGCGUUUGUUGACAUCAUCCUAAGCCCCGCCCACUCCUCGCUAAGCCACGCCCCCUUCGAAAAUAAUAAUAAUAAUGAUGAUGACUAUGAGGAUUAUGAGGAUGACGAUGAGGUGGAUUUUGCCGGAUUUCAAACGAGGAUUAUGCCCCAAGACCCAUUCUCCCCCGGGCAGUGGUGUUGCGGGUCGUCAUCACCAGGAGGAGUGGUGUUGAAGGCGCAAAGAUUCAUCACCACCACCACCACCAUCACCACCACCGGCACCCCCCCCUGGGAUGUGACGGACCCGCCUCCAAGCAGGGUUGCCAACGUCGCCCUAACAGAGGUGGACCAACAGGAGGAGGAUGAGAGCGCUUUGGAAGUGUUGGCAACACUGUCUUGGCUGGCACCUGGAGGCGAUCUGACCGAGGGCACAGUCGCGCGCUACGAGAUCAGAUACAGCGAGGAGAGGGAGGAAGUUCUGGGAAAGUGUGUGGAGGAAACUUGCAAGCUGGUGGAGGAGUUUGAAGAAUCACCGGUACCCAAGCCUUAUGGAGAGGAGCAAAGGGCUGUUAUUCGCUUGCCCAAGGCGUAUCAAAGAGACACACAGUAUUUCCUGGCCGUGGUGGGCGUGGACGAGGGGGGGCAGAAGGGAGAUCCAAGUCCCACAGUUGGUGUUAUGGUCACGGCCACGUAUGCUACUACUACUACUACUACUACUACUACUACGACUACUACUACUACUUCUACUACUGAUACUACUUCUGAUUCUUCUUCUUUUUCGCCUGAGUCUUCUUCUUCCUCUUCUUCUUCUCCUGAGACAUCUUCUGUUUCCUCCUCUUCUUCUUCUUCGCCUGAGUCUUCCUCCUCUUCUUCCUCUUCUUCUUCGCCUGAGUCUUCCUCCUCUUCUUCUUCUUCUUCUCCGCCUGACUCAACGACUUCAAGUACAACAUCAGAGCCAGGAGACGACAACGGAGACUCAACUAAUAUCGGGAUGAUCGUCGGUGUCACAGUCGGGGUAGUCGUAGUCGUAGGAGCGGUCGUAGGAGGAGUUAUAUACCACAAGAAGAGGAAGGGGAGGCGGGGGGCAGGAGGUAUGCGGACAGCGGAAGACAAAACAGCGGUCCGCAUCACAGACACCGAGGCCGGACCCUCCAAAACAGGUCCUGAGAAUGUAAACACAGCCCCGGACUCCUUGCCACAACAGGACCUGGUUUUAACGAAGUCGGAUCGUAGAUACUCCAGUUUUCUACCCGUAUUAGGCGCCUCUGCUACUACUGCUGCUACUACUACUACUACUACUCCUACUACUGCUACUACUACUCCUACUUCUGCUGCCGGGAUGAAGAAGAAGGCGAAGGAGAUGAAGAAAGAAGAAGGGGGAGGAGAAGAUGGUUUGGACAUUAUCAAGGAAGGAGAGGAGGAGGAGGAAAAGGAGGAGGAGGAAGAGGAGAAUGAGGUUAAGGAGGAGAAAUUAUAGAAAGGAGGUUAAGAAGAGGAGAAGAGGAGGAGGAGGAGGAGGAGGAGGAGGACACUUGGCAAAGAAUAAGACGCAAUAAAAUAAAUGAAGAAAGGAAGAGAAAGAAAAUAAGAAACAAAUAGAAUAACAGAAGAAAGAAGAAGAAGAAGAAGAAGAAGAAGAAGAAGAAGAAGAAGAAGAAGAAGAAGAAGAA